AUGCACCUACGGAGAGCCGAACCUGUUGCGCCUCUCCCUGAGGCUGGGGGCCCCGUCGUCCGCAACCUCAACGACCCACGCCAAGCCCUUCUUCAUCACGCUGAGACCCUUGCUGAGCUGGAUCAGGCCAAGACCAAGGCUCUCAAGGCUGCUGCUGCUACGUUCCAUGCUGCUACUGAUGCGGCUCUAGAUGCCUACCAGGUUGGCCUCAACGCCCACGUCGCCGCCCUGAAGUUUGUACUCGAGUGA